UCCGUCGCGUUGAGUGACGUAGCACGGCGGGCUCCGACGCAUAUCGUGUUCGACCGAUUGGUUUGUGUGAAACAAAGUUUAUGGUGGUAAAUUCGCUCUGUUUGGACCAAUAACUUAUAUUAUGAUAACUGCAAUGGAUACUCUGAAGCGAGAAAGAGAAGAUGAUCUGGACGAUGAAGACAACGAGGAAGUGCCAGUCAAAAAAGGACGCGGUCGUGUUCCAGAGGACCGAAGAAGCCGUCACUGUCCGUAUCUUGACACCAUAAACAGGAGUGUGCUGGACUUUGACUUUGAGAAGCUCUGCUCCAUCUCCCUGUCACACAUCAAUGUGUACGCCUGCCUCAUAUGUGGCAAGUACUUUCAAGGUCGAGGUUUGAAAUCCCAUGCGUACACCCAUAGUGUCCAGUUCACCCACCAUGUGUUCCUCAACCUGCACACACUCAAGUUUUAUUGUCUGCCUGACAACUAUGAGAUCAUUGACUCAUCACUGGAAGACAUUACGUAUGUUCUGAAACCAACAUUCACCAAGCAGCAUAUUUCGGGUUUGGACAAGCAGGGAAAACUUUACAGAGCCUACGACGGAACGACUUACCUGCCAGGCAUUGUUGGCCUCAACAACAUUAAAGCCAAUGACUAUGCCAAUGUGGUCUUACAGGCCUUUUCCAAUGUCCCGCCAUUGAGGAACUACUUUCUUGAGGAGGAAAACUAUCGAGGGAUCCGCAGACCCCCGGGGGACAUCAUGUUCCUCCUGGUGCAGCGUUUUGGUGAGCUGAUGCGCAAACUUUGGAAUCCGAGAAACUUCAAGGCCCACGUGUCUCCUCAUGAGAUGCUCCAGGCCGUUGUGCUGUGCAGCAAGAAGAACUUCCAAAUCACCAAGCAAGGAGAUGCUGUGGACUUCAUGACAUGGUUUUUGAAUGCGCUGCAUGGCGCUCUCGGAGGGACAAAGAAGAAGCCAACAAUCCUAACAAAAGCGUUCCAAGGCUCAAUGCGGAUCUUCUCAAAGAAGCUGCCACACCCAGAUCUGACACCAGAGGAAAAGGAGGCGCUGCUCCUAUCCGGCGAGUACCAGGAGCAGAUGUCGGAGUCCACAUUCUUGUUCUUGACCCUUGACCUCCCAACUGCCCCCUUAUACAAGGAUGAGAAGGAGCAGCUUAUCAUCCCACAAGUCCCUCUCUUCAACAUCCUGGGCAAGUUCAAUGGCAGCACCGAGAAGGAGUACAAAACAUACAAGGAGAACUUCCUGAAAAGGUUCCAGUUGACCAAACUGCCACCGUACCUCAUCUUUUGCAUCAAAAGGUUCACAAAGAAUAACUUCUUUGUGGAAAAGAACCCCACCAUCGUCAACUUCCCUAUCACGAAUGUAGAUCUUCGUGAGUACUUGACAGAAGAAGCCCAAGUCACGGAGAAGAACACAACAUAUGACCUUGUCGCUAAUGUGGUGCAUGAUGGUAAACCAACUGAAGGAGCCUACAGGAUUCAUGUCCUGCAUCACGGAACUGGAAAGUGGUAUGAGAUGCAGGAUCUGCAGGUGAUCGACAUCCUGCCCCAGAUGAUCACGCUAUCUGAGGCCUAUAUCCAGAUUUGGAAGAGACAGGAGAGUGAUAAGGACACGAACAACCACACUGCUGCGUAGUGGGAAAAAGAAGCCUAAGACAGAAACACAUUUUUUUCCACGACCCAAAAAUCAAAAUCACGUAUGUAUUUUUUCCGCUGUUUGUGUUUUUAUGUUGUUUCUAAAUAAACAUUCUUUUGCCCUUCCGAGCAAGAACAAA